UGAAAAGAUCCGACUCGCAAGGACGAUUCGUCCAUCGACAUUUUUGAUGACACUCAGACAGGUAGAUGCGACGCACUCUUUAUGUGUACAUAGAUCAACCAAAAAUAGCGCAAAAGACAGGCAAGAAAGCGUCCUGCGUAGACGGACACUGGAGAAAUCCACCACCGCGGAAAUAUGACUAGGAUGUCGUGUGUGUUGUUAUUUUGUUGGUUUUGAGCUCAACGUAGACAUAGCGCUUAGAAAUAUAAAUCUCUCAACGAAACGGAACCGCCCAUCCAACCCCUGAAGCUGCUACAGCAUUACGUCAGCCACUGGACGAGGCGCGUGCAAAAAUGCACGCAUCCCUUCAACCGUAGCAGUUCAGAAACAUCACUACCCACAAAGCAGUUUGAGCGCAUGCGCGUCCUGAGCGAGAAAACUACAAAUGCGUUAGCUCCGAUUCGCUACUGACAAAAGAACUACAGCUCCCAUUAGACAUGCGCAAAAAGACCCUUUUAAAGCCUUUUAAAUUUACGUGCAAAAUGGCUGCACAGGUCGAUCUGCUACGCGUCAAAGUAGAGGAGAAGAGCAGGGACAGCUUUGACAAAGCCACCAAAGAGAAGAAAAAGAAGAAAAAACGAGUAUGUUCGCCGUCCGAUGACAAGCGCGAGAGAUCGGAGAAGGAAGCGAAAAAAAUAAAGCUACAUCACCACCAACAGACUCACCAACAUGCCCAACAACGAGCGCAUCCACCGCACCAACAACCGAACAGCCAAGCGCGCAACUUCAGCAAAGAGCAGGCACCUGUGCAACACCGUCAUCCCCUCCAUCAUCAGCUCCACAGCACCAAGAAAGAAUUACCUCCGGGCUGGCCGCCACGCAAAGUGACACCAGCAGCCCACGUCCCGCAGAAGACGGUCCUGCCGCCUUCCCCGCUGUUCACUUUCACGCCUCUCAAAGUAGCGAAGGCCAAGCCCCUCAACAACAAGCCCAAACACAUUGAGAAGGACGUCAAACUUAAGCCCAAAAAGGAAAACGCCGAGGCGAACGUUAAAGUGGAGGAAUGCAAGAAGAAGAAAGAGCCCCAUAGUGAGAAUGGCAAAACCCAGACCCUGGAGGAAUACCUCCUAAAGAAAAAGAAAAAGAAGAAGCGGCAUCGCGAAGAUGAGCGUGGCAAGAAGUUACGCAUGCACAACAAAGAGGUGCAGACGGUGUGUGUGGGAUUGUCAGGAGAUGAUCUGCCUCUUUCUGAAGACCCUGUCGUACACGCGUACAUCAAAGAUGAAAAGCCUUGUCCGGGCUUAGGUGAGUACCACACGCCCAAAGGUGGGAAGAAGCUGUUCCUCUCGCACCAAGACCACUUCAUCCGCAGCUCGUGGCUUCAGACCAACUCCUCCUUCAGCAGACUCAUCCAUGAGGAAAAGCAGCCCAAUGGAGGGGCGUCUGUACUACAUGCUUAUGCAGAUGAACUGUCCUUACUGCAGCCUGAAGACACUGAAAGAUUUACUCAGGAGUUCAUGGAACUCGCCUUUGCCGAACACCCUAAAGGAGCUGCGCGCUAUGCACUCGCUGUGGUGCAUGGAGCGGCCGCCUACCUGCCGGAUUUCUUGGACUACUUUGCCUUCAAUUUCCCAAAUACGCCUGUCAAGAUGGAAAUCCUUGGUAAAAAGGACAUUGAAACCACCACUAUUGCCAGCUUCCACUCCCAGGUGAGCCGAACAUACUGCUCUGGGACAUAUAGAGCUGGUCCUAUGAGGCAGAUCAGUCUGGUCGGUGCAGUAGAUGAGGAGGUGGGCGAUUUCUUCCCGGAGUUCUUGGACAUGCUUGAGGAGUCUCCGUUUCUUAAGAUGACUUUGCCAUGGGGAAGCCUGUCCAGCCUGAAGCUUGACUGCAGGUCCCAGAGCGACGAUGGUCCCAUCAUGUGGGUGAGGCCUGGAGAGCAGAUGGUUCCCACAGCUGAUAUGCCCAAGUCUCCAUUCAAGAGACGAAGAUCAAUGAAUGAGAUCAAGAACUUGCAUUACCUCCCGAGAGCCAGUGAACCGCGCGAGGUGCUGUUCGAGGAUCGGACACGAGCCCAUGCGGAUCACGUUGGCCAGAGCUUCGACUGGCAGAGUACAGCAGCUGUGGGUGUCCUGAAAGCAGUGCAGUUUGGGGAAUGGAGUGACCGGCCACGGAUAACCAAAGAUGUGAUCUGUUUUCACGCGGAGGACUUCAAUGACGUCGUUCAAAGGCUUCAGCUAGACCUGUUUGAGCCACCUGUGUCACAGUGUGUCCAGUGGGUGGACGAUGCCAAACUCAACCAGUUACGACGGGAAGGCAUCCGCUACGUUCGCGUACAGCUCUGCGAUGACGACAUCUACUUCAUCCCUCGCAACGUGAUCCACCAGUUUAAAACCGUCUCGGCCGUGUGCAGCCUGGCGUGGCACAUCCGUCUAAAGCAGUACCACUCUGAGGAAGAAGAGGAGUCAAAGGACGUUAAGACCGAGGACCUGUGUUCCACGUCAUGUCCUCCCCCUGUUCACCCGGACACCAAAGUCACCUCCUGCGCCCAGCUACAGACAGACACGGCACAAGGUGGGGUGGCGAAAACGGACGAGUUGGUUUUCCAGAGGCCCGCCACACCACCCAGAGACCCACAACCCGCACCUCCGCAACCGGCUAAAUCCGCCCACACUGUUCCCGCCGCUCCCUGUUCAGACACCAGCCCUCUGUCCUCACACACACCAGAGCUAAUGCUUCCACAGGCUCCCGUCGAGCCUGCGUCAGACUCCUCACUCAAUGGCGGCAGGUCCACGGAUUUCCCCUAAUGACUUCCGAAUCCUUCAUUUUGCGGAGUGGUGGAGUUUUAAUUCACCUGACAGACUUUUCUGACAUUCCAGAGUGUAAAAAAAGGAAUAUCUGGACUUCGCCUAAAAACGAUGAAGACUAUAUUUUUCUUUUUAAGAUUUUGGUUAAGAAAAUGACCCCGCCGCGAGUACUUUUUAGGUUUUUCUCAGCCAAAGUAUUUAAUUUGAAAUAUAUUUUUGCUGAUUACUCAGUAUUGUUUUAUAUUUGUUUAUAUAUUAUUAUAAAUGAGAUGAAUUAUCUCUCAAGAAGGACUUUUCAUGUUGUUUCGCAGGCCGUCAUGUGCAUCUGCUAAUUGGUUUUUACAAACAAGGAAAAAAAGUGCCUGUCACAAGUGGAAAGCAGCAAGUAUAUAGCAAAAGAGAAAAAUAGGCUUUUUUGGUCUUCUUCCCAGGAUGUAAUGUCACACUGCAGUAUCGGAUGCAUUUAAGCUAGACUAGAGAGAAGGUAUCAAUUUCAAGUGAAGAGCGAUAUUUGCUUUUUCUUUGAUCAUCCUCUGGUUUUGGAGUAAAACACUUUGCUUGAAGGAAAAUUAAUUCUUUUUUGAACGAGUAAUAGCAGUAAUUAUCAAAGAGGAGCCUGUUCAUUACCUCUCACGUAUGCAGGAAAUAGGAUUUGGCCUUCACAAGAGGGUUGUUAAUUUUUUUAAUUAUUUAUUUUUGUCAAGAAUAGUCAGUCUUCUAAGAUCAUGGUCAUAAAUGUAUUUGUUAUGUUAAUUUUCUGUCUGAAGUCGUGUAUACAGAAAAUAAUGUUGUUGUUUUUUUUUUUACAUAUAUUUUUAUUUUGGACAGGAAGAUGUAUUCCAUCUAAGACCGGACGUUAGCAGAAAAUUAGAUGGAAAUGUAAUAACCAAACCUGCACUCAGGGGCAAUAUACUGAUGCCUUUUCAUUUGGUCAAGUCUUAUUCUUCUAUGUUCACUUUGUAGUUUUAUAGUAAUCUAAUCCAUUUCUUCGGAUUAUUGGGAUUUGGUUGACUUCUUGAGCUCUUGAACCUAUGAUUCUGACAUGUUAGAAUGAGUUUGAUGUAAGGCAACGGCCCCUUGAUUCAAAUGGUUCAUCUAAACAUGCUUCCAUUUCUGUUUUAUGAUCCACCUCAUACUCUCAUAGUAGUUUUAGAGUCCAAAUUGAAGGUUUUUAUUUUAAUCAUACUUUAUUAUUCUCUGAACUUGUGUUUUUUUGUCUUUCUUUGACAUGUCCCCAUUUUUAAAAUGUCCCAAAUGAUUAUUCCUGUUGCUUCGGCUAUUUUAAGCAUUUGUUUAAUUUUUUUCUGAAAAUUAGUGAGUGCAAACAUGAAUUAAAUCUAUUAUAAUAAUAUAAAUGAACGGGGUGAAUAAAUUCCUUCGCUUUUCUUGUACCAGUUAUUGUAUUGUUGCUGUUCCCAUAAUCUGCUACCCAAAUCAAACUCAAAUUUUUUCUCCUUCAAAAAACUUUUGAUACUAUUCAUAAGUAAAGUAGCAGUACUGUUGCAUAACGCUUGUUCAUUAUGUGUUUGAACUGAAGUUGUCCAUGGUAAUUUAUGAUAACCAUUGACUGCUAUUCGAUUUAGUUGGAUGAGUGCAAUUUAGCUUUCACUUGCCAAGUGUAGUUGCGUGUCAGUAAUGUUUUUGCACAUGUUGAUGUGGUUAUUUUAAAUGGGAUUAAGUCUUAAAACAGGCAUUCAAAGUUUUUGAAAGGGUUGUGGGCAGCAGUUUUGCUUCUCCAUUGAUGCCAAGUAUUGCUAAUGACUGAUUUGAAUGUAAUUUCACACCAGCAAGCCAAUCAGUCUACAUUGCUUAUGGUUUCAAAACGAUCUAAUGGCUUUCCCUAAUCAAAUGCAUCCUGUAAAAAUUAGUGCCUUCUAUCGAGUCUUUAAUUGUCUGCGAUUAAGCUAAUUGAUGUUAUACAAGUUUGUAUAAAGCAUUAAUUGCGAUGGAAUUUCAUAAAGUCUGGCAAUAAGUAAUGAUUGGGUAUUUAUUAUUGUAAAAAAAAAUGCUAAUUCUACUCAUCCAGGAUCAACUGAAGGUGACCACUUUAUCUGCCACCAAAGGAUGACAAUGCAAAAACUAUAUAUAUUGAAUAAUUGGUGGUAAAUGACAUUGAAAUUUUUAAAUCAUGUGCAAUAUGAAUCAUAUCAUGCUUAUAUUUCCCACUGUUUUUAAUUAGGAUUACGAUUAUGUAUGCAGGUUGGAAAGCCUAAACCGUAAUGAUUUUCCCCAUCAUUUAGUGGUAUUUUCUCAGAUUCUGCAGAUUGACGGUUUUGUUUAAUGAAAGAAAAGAUCCUUUCACAUUUCACUUAAUACUUAAAUCGGGAGUCAUUAUUUACCACAAGAUGAAUCUUCCCAUAUAUACAGACAUGUUCUCCCCUCAGUAACACACGAUUAUGCUUUUACACCUUAUGGUUUCAUGGUAUAUUAAAAUAAACACGAUGUUUAGCGUUCUAUGUUUCUUCUGAAUUUUGGCAGCUAGACUCUUUUUUUUUUUUUGUGUUGAUCAGGUUUUUGAUGGUCGUUUGUAAUAUAGGAAAAAUCCACUUAGGGAUCAAGGCAUGCUCUCUGUGUUUGAUUCAUUAUUUGCUCUGUUUGAUAUUUGUAUAAAGGUUUUCAAUUUCAUUGAUUUUUUUAAAGGACUAAUUAGAUGGUCAAUUAUGAACAUAGUCAAAGUAAUGUUUUGUAAAUUCUAAGUUACAUUUAAUAGAACUGUCAUGUGGAUCUUUUCAAUUGUGUAUAAAUGCAAUGGAAUGCAUAGACUUUCUGUAUUUUUUUAAAUAAACCAUUUUAUGAGUGUA